CUCAGUGCCCCUCCCACACCCGUUUCGCCACGAUCCCGACAGGCCCCACGGCUAGGAGGGUCACGUGAGGGUGGGCGGGGGAGGUGGAAGCUUGACUCUGCUGGUUGUUCGUUUCUAUGGUUGUUAGAAGUGGGCGGCUUUGACUGAGGAGCUGGUGGAGCUCGAGCGUGGACGGGAUGUUUCGUCUUAACUCACUUUCUGCGUUGGCAGAACUAGCUGUGGGCUCUCGAUGGUACCAUGGGGGAUCACACCCCACACAGACGAGGCGAAGACUAAUGAUGGUGGCCUUCCUGGGAGCAUCUGCAGUAACUGCAAGUACUGGUCUUCUGUGGAAGAGGGCCCAUGCAGAAUCUCCACCAUCUGUAAAUAAUCUAAAGACUGAAAUUGGUGAUAAAGGGAAGAAUAAAGAUGAAGGGGAAGUUUGUAACCAUGAAAAAAAGACUGCAGAUCUUGAGCCACCUCCAGAAGAGAAAAAGAAGAAACGUUCUGGAUUCAGAGACAGAAAAGUGAUGGAAUAUGAGAAUAGGAUUCGAGCCUACUCCACACCAGACAAAAUCUUCCGAUAUUUUGCCACCUUGAAAGUAAUCAAUGAGCCUGGUGAAACAGAAGUGUUUAUGACUCCAGAAGAUUUUGUACGAUCCAUAACACCCAAUGAAAAACAACCAGAGCACUUGGGUCUAGAUCAAUAUAUAAUAAAACGCUUUGAUGGAAAGGAUAAAUUCUCCAAAAAGAAAGCAUUACACAGGGUCAGAAAGGAAAAUAUAUGGUCAUUUUUAACGAGGAGGAAGAAAGCACAUCAGAAGGACGAGCAAGCCAGGCAUCGCUCUAUAAACCAUAAAGAAAAGGAAAUGAGAAUGAAAGUCAUCAAGUGGCUAAAAAAGAAAAUUUCCCAGGAACGAGAAAAAUUUGCUGAUGAAGACAGUAUAUUUUACACCCUUGGAGAAUGUGGACUCAUAUCCUUUUCAGACUACAUUUUCCUUACCACUGUUCUUUCCACUCCUCAGAGAAAUUUUGAAAUUGCCUUCAAGAUGUUUGACUUGAAUGGAGAUGGAGAAGUAGACAUGGAGGAGUUUGAACAGGUUCAGAGCAUCAUUCGCUCCCAAACCAGCAUGGGUAUGCGUCACAGAGAUCGUCCUACUACUGGUAACACCCUCAAGUCUGGCUUAUGUUCAGCCCUCACAACCUACUUUUUUGGAGCCGAUCUCAAAGGGAAGCUGACAAUCAAAAACUUCCUCGAAUUUCAGCGUAAACUUCAGCAUGAUGUUCUGAAGCUAGAGUUUGAACGCCAUGACCCUGUGGAUGGGAGAAUUACUGAGAGGCAGUUUGGUGGCAUGCUGCUGGCCUACAGUGGGGUACAGUCCAAGAAGUUGACUGCCAUGCAGAAGCAGCUCAAGAAGCACUUCAAAGAAGGAAAGGGUCUGACGUUUCAGGAAGUGGAGAACUUCUUUACUUUUCUAAAAAAUAUUAAUGAUGUAGACACUGCAUUGAGCUUUUACCAUAUGGCUGGAGCAUCUCUUGAUAAAGUGACCAUGCAGCAGGUGGCCAGAACAGUGGCUAAAGUGGAGCUCUCAGACCACGUGUGUGAUGUGGUAUUUGCACUGUUCGACUGUGAUGGCAAUGGGGAGCUGAGCAAUAAGGAAUUUGUUUCCAUCAUGAAGCAACGGCUGAUGAGAGGCCUGGAAAAGCCCAAAGACAUGGGCUUCACCCGCCUCAUGCAGGCCAUGUGGAAAUGUGCACAGGAAACCGCCUGGGACUUUGCUCUACCCAAAUAGUAACCCAGAACUGUGGGGGGGAGGGGGUGCUCAUCACAUCCCCUCAAGCUCCUUGAUCCCCCUUGAGAGAGCCUCAGCAUAGCCCUCCAUGCUGCCACUUCUGGAAGUAGUUUUCUCUUCCUCCUGGGAAUGACCUCAGGACUCCCCUCUUUACCCUUCCCUUGUCCCAGCAUUCUGCUAGGCUCUGAUUCUGCCAAGCAGUUAUCCUUACUGGUUCUCAAAAACAUGAACAAGUCUUGAAAGCUCAGCCAUUUGGCAUCUCUAACAGGACUAUUGCAUUGAAGCACCCUAUGGAUAAAGAAAGCAGGGAACCAUCCACACACCUGCCAACCCUGGGAAACAUCCAGUUCUUAAAUCAUGUUUGCUGCAGAUUUAUAUUAACAGGAACAUUCCCUGCUUUUCCUCCUGCUGUUAUCUUUAAGCUACAAGUUGGAUGACUCUCUGGCAGGCAAAAGGAAAUCUGCGAUGAACAAUUAUGAAGAUGAUCUGGACACUCUGAACUGGUGAGAAGCCUGGGCCAGAGGAAGGAUCUGUGUCAGUCACUGGCUGACUCUGAGGGCUACUCUAGGAAGACCACAUGCUCAGUAGGAACAGAACAAGAUUUGUCAUCGAAAGUAGUUGCUUCCUGGCUCUCUCCAUACCCUUCUUUUCCUCUCGGACUCCCUAAGACGGCUCCAGCAUGACUCUGUGCUUAAUGAGCAACAGUGACUGAAUCCAUGUUCCCUGCAAGUGCCAUUUCCCUUCCUGGAAUGGACCUCUGAGCUGAGCCCUGGCCCAGAGCCCAUCUGCCCUCUGUCUUAAGCACUUGUAAAAUAUCACUUUAAUUAUAGCAGUUUGCAAUAAAUACCCCCAAAGUC